UGAUCCUUGACCCUUACCGUAAGUGUACCUGUGUCACCUGCGGCUGUACGAACAUCUACUCUGUAUGAGGCAAAGAGGGGGAAGAGAAAAAAAUGAGAAAGAAAACCAGCAGGGAGUCCAGUCUAGCUUUUUUCAAGUCCAAAUCUCUCAAUCUCACAUCACAAUAUCCCAACGAUGACAGCCCCACGACUCACUACCACCUUCACGCCGCCGACGUCGUGUAUUCAGGAUAUAUACCGCGCAACCAGAGGAUGUCCUGGCACCGGUACAAACACCUGUCAGUAUACCUGGCUGCAGCUUGGUCCGACCAGGAGCACAAAUGUCUGUCUGCCGUCGGGCUGGGCUAGUGGCAGCACUGCGGGCUAUUUCUCCCCGGGCAUCUGUCCAAGCGGCUACACCACAGCCUGCUCGUCUGUCGUGACAAUUGACUCGCUGUCAGAGACCAGAGCCACCUGUUGUCCAAGUGGCUACACUUGCCAGAUACAAACCGACCAGGUAUGGUAUUCCACCAACCUCUGCACAUCCGUUCCCUCGCCCUUCAGCACCGACAUCUUCCUCUACACAUACCGCGCCGAUGAUGGAUCAUCCUGCACCUCAGCCACCGGCAGCAUAAGCGGCACGGGAGGGGUCAACGCAUACGGUGUCUCUAUCCGCUGGCAGGCGACUGAUUCCGGGCAUUCUACGGGAGACAAUAUCCAAGCUACCACCACCACAGCCACAUCCACAUCCACCACGAGCAGCAUACUGGGCACGACAGCCUCCUCCUCUGCCGCUCCCAGCUCCACACCGGCCAAUUCACCGCCAACAGUUACCACAAGGCUAUCAACAGAGGCAAAGGCUGGAAUCGGAGUCGGGGCCGCCGUCGCAUCCCUCUUGAUCUUUGCCCUGGUCGCUUUGCUGAUCCGAGCAAAGAGGAGAAACAGGCCUAGUUUACCACCAGGACAAGUGGGAGGAGAUGGGAAUCUCCAAGAGCCGAAGAUAACCAGGAAUGAACUCCCCGUACGGGAUGGAACUACCGCUGAACUGGCUGUGCCCCAAACGGAUAGACCCGAGCUGCUGUCCUCGUCGCCAACGCUGGUCAAGGCGGAUCUACCACCGCAAGUUGCUGAAAUCUGAUUAAUUACCAGGUGGCACGCAGUCCCCGGAACUCCUAGGCUUGCUUGGACUUCGCAAGGGGUUCAUAGGACCUAUAUGAAUAGAUAUAAGCUUUCAUUCACU